AUGCGACUGACCAUUAAAAAAGAAAAAGCUGCUAUCGCCGCCGAAAGCGCAACUGGACAAAACUACUACGUAGAAUACGAGGGAAAACGGAAAAGGCGACGAAGGAAAAAGCAGAAACAUUCAGUUGUCAUCAAGCACAACGUCGUGGAUCCAAUUAGCGGUCAGGUAAAGAGUACAAAGUCGAACGGUACCGCUAACAGAAGAACUAGCGACGAUUACGAAGCGCCGAUUCGAAGCUCGAAGCGUUCCCGAUCUGAGAAACGAUCGCGGUCCGAGUCCCCAAGUAAAUCUAAAUCUCUAGGUGACACCAACCGUUCACAGAGUGAAGACCGGUCAUCUUCCACGAAAGGAAGGCGCCCUCUCCACCAUAAGGUCUCACUCUCCCCGGGUGAGUAUCUCGCGAGAGCUGACUUGGAAGAUAAGGUCCACCAAGUCGAAGAUCUUCAGAAAUCGCUGACAAUAUCGCCGGAAAGAGAGCGAAAACACCGUCGGAGACGUCACGAAAGGUCACGAGACAACAGACGUAACCAUGAACGCCGGGACAAAGCACAGAAAGACUAA